CAUGUAGCUCACUCGCGUCCCGUCAGAUAAUGCUCGUCGGCAAGCGACUUGGACGGGGCCGCGCCACCAGAUUCCUCCGCGCGCUCUCGGAAGGCGCAUCCGCCGCCGCCGCCUCGCCUGAGACCGCAACCUCAGGAAGGGCGGGAGGAAGUGCGGUCGCAUUCUGAAAGCCCCUCCGCGACGCCUAAGACUGGCAUGAGCGAGGCUCCGCCGCCGACAGUGAAAAGAUGUGGCGGCGAGUGACAGCUCUGCUGGUGUUCACUGUUCUACAGAGUGUGAUUGGCACCCAACACUGUCAGCACACAUGCAAGUGUAAUUCCAUUUCACCAACUAAAGAAUCGCCACUGCGAGCAGAUUGCAGAGAAGAACCUAGUGGGGAGUGGGCAAAGAAUAUCAAAACUCUCAAGAUAAGAGUCAAGUUGCACCAACUUACAACAACAACUUUACAAGAUGCCUGGAAAUUAACAGACGCUGAUUUUCGAUUUUGCAAUAUUACUCAAAUUAUGUCAAAUGCACUAGCAAAAGUGACUAAUUUAUCCAACCUUUGGUUGUCACAUAAUUUAAUUGAAAAAGUGGAUUUGGAAGCAUUCUCAAAACUUGAGAAUCUCAAGCGAUUAUUCUUGGAUAACAACAGAUUAACAACUUUCAGUACUAAUAUGCAUUUAUCACUGAAAUAUCUUGCAGACUUGUUUUUACAAAAAAACAACUUAACAGAUAUUCCACAGUUACCACCUUCCUUAAAGUAUUUAGACAUUUCAAACAAUAAAAUCACAACAUUGAACACUCAACUAAUGGCAAAUUUAGCAUAUUUGGAUGUAUGCAUAAAUCCUAUAAAUAAUAUAAAAAGUCAUGAAAUACUGAAGAAAAUGAAAUCAUUAUGUUUAAGUGGAAACAUUAAUUAUAUACCUGGGAACUUCAGUUCAUAUUUCAUAAGUUUACAAAAUUUUACUUUCAUAUCUUAUCCCAAUAAAACUGUUUUAAAUAAAAAAUAUGACAAACGCUUGACGCUUCAUAAUGUUAAUAUAUUUCAUAUAGGUAAUACAAAUUUUCAAGACUUAUUGUUUCUAAGACACAUGAAUAAAAUGGAGACACUGAAAUUACGGGGAGUAAACAUUGAGGAUUUUGGAAGUAUAGAUACAGUACUUCCCACUUUUCAGCAAGUGAAAAACCUUGACUUCGAAGAUAGUCCUGCACUAGUAAAAACAAUUUUAAACAAUUUCCAAGGUUUACAGAACCUGAGCAAUCUGGAAACAAUUAGUUUAAAAAACUCAAAUGUGGUGCAUUUACCAUGUGAACUUUGCCAAAUGCAAAAUUUUUUUAAAAUUGAUUUUCAGAACAACCCUUUGGACUGUGAUUGUCGGAUAUCAGAAAUAGAAGCAUCACUUCCUAAUCCUUUGAGGGAUUAUAUCAUACUACCCGAAAAUACAAAAUGUCAAUCACCCCAACAAGUGUUUGGGUUGCAAAUCUACAAAUAUGGAAGACACAUCAACUGUUCUGGAACGGAAAUAUGUGGAAGGGAGAACUUUACAUGCAAAAUAAUUCCAAAUCUUGUAAUAACUACAUCAAGCUCAUUCAUAUAUGAAGAUGACAAUUCAAUAUAUUAUAUAAUCCUUGGUGUAGUAAUAGCAAUACUUGGAACAACAAUAAUUUGUCUCAUUAUUACUUCUAUAAUUUUGAGAAAAGAGAGACGUGUAGAACCACAACAAGAAAUUCAAACCCAAUCAUUCCAGCAACUUCAGCAAACAGCAUCCGAAGACACUUUACUCAUAUAAUAUUGUGGUCUACAAUACUAUUUCGUUUGAAACCCGUUAUUAUUAAUAUUUGAGUAGAGUAAGCAUUUUCUUAUAGAAAGGAAUUCGUUAAACUGUUAAGUAAGAAUAAAACUUACAAAAUCAAAUUUAGAAUGAAAAAGGAGGCGUCAAAAAAUUGAGGCCCUGAUCAAUACCUUUAUAAUCAAAACUUCACUACUAUGAAAUUCCCAGAUGUUUCUAGUAUGUUAGAUUUCCAUGCAUAAGGGCACGGGUUCAAUUCGCAUAGGGAGCAAGUGAAAUUUUCCAACAUUGCAGUUGCUGGGCCUGAGGAAAUAGGGAAGCAGCUGAAUGCAAGUAAUGGCAUUUAUGUAGGCAGAGGUGUUAUUCAUAGGGCCAGUUAAUACUUCCACACUCUCUGGAAAAGUGCACAAAGCAAUGACAGAUACCUCACUCCCUCUACUUGCCUAGUGAGGAUCCAAACCCAGCCUUCAGACUAAUGGCUAUAAAGACACUUCUACGAUAACAAACUCUUUAGAAUUCAUCUGCUGUUUUCUGAGUACUUUAAUAUUUAAUAAUGCAUUCUUAAACUGAAAAUUGUAAAUACAAAAUCAAUAACCAUUAAUCUACCAUAAGUCAAAGAUGCAAGAUGCAUUAUUGAACAUUGUGAACUAUCUGGAAAGUUUGAACAGUGGAAUACACUAUUUCAUUUGACAAAUCUCCAACAGAAUCCUUCUCAAAUAAAGAGCAAGAAGUACUGUGAAUUUUGGAGUGAAUUGUGCAGCUUUACUAGUGAUUUAUUAUAUAAUUAAACAUGAUGAGUAAAUGAUUAUUCUUUUUUAGAAUAAAAAUAUCUGCCAAUGUCAUAUUGCCAUGUCAUAUUGCAUUAUAGAAAUAAGUGUUGCCUUAAAGAAAACUAUAUAAAUGAAAUAAGUGAAGUGUUUGUUAAGUGGACCCAGAAACCUAAUGCCUUUUUUAAAUUUAUUUAUUUAAUGCCAUACAUUGUUGAAAAACUGUAUUAGGCAUACCUUAGGCCUGUGGGAAUAGCUGCUCUUAGUGUCCCGAAUCAAAAUAAGGGGCCAUCUGAAUUCUUACUCAAUGGAUCAAGAGAAACAUGACAACUUAACACAGGGGGCACAGAUACAGAAAAAUUUUACAAUCUGCAUUCAAGGUGACCUCCUGUGGUAUUAUAUAUUAAAAAUGAUAACAUGACUUAUCAAAUUUACAAAAUGUGCCAAUAAUUUCCAUAAAACAAAUACCAUCUUUGUUUUUGAUACUCUGCUGAGUCUGUUUUGAAUAAAUACAAAUAAGCAGUUGCACAAUUAUAUUCUUGAAAUUUGAUCUUGUGCACUGGCUUUAAUUAACAUUGACAGGUACAGUGUUGCACUUUAAGACAAGUUAAGCUUCCACAGAUAACAAAAUAAUGGAAAAACGUUGAUUGCUCAAAAAUUUCAAUGGAUCAUCUAUAUAAACCAUAUGUAAACUAAUUUAGAAAAAAAGUGAUUUUAGUUGAUGCUUACAACUAUAUCAGUAAAUCUGAAUGUCAUGAUUGAGGACAGAUAAUCGCCUUAAAUAUGUUUCUUAUUUUGGGAGCUUUACAACUGCAAUUUUGUAAGUACUGUCAAAUGAGGUAACUGAAGCCCUUUCAGUUUAACUUUGGCAAACAAAAUUCACGAUUUGUAUUUUUGAAUCUGUUUUGAUGUUGAAACAUUCAAAUAUAUCUUCCUCUGGUCGAUAAAGGUCAGUACUGAGCACAUUCUGGAGUGCAUUGGAUGAAUUUCUCCCAUAUAAGGGUAACUCAGUUAUUCACGAAACAGCAGUAAUUUCACUUUUAUUUAUCUUCAGGGAAGGUCUGUGUGUUCAGACCACAUACUAAGUGAUAAAAAUCAGUGAGAAAGAAAGAUAUACCUAUAUAAUUUCUUUUUUUAAACGUAUUUCUAUCCCAAAUAAACAGCAUUUUAUAGAAGAUUUUUUAUUUGCUUUUUUGCUAGCUCUGGGCCGAAG